AUGGCCUGCGACAACUGCAAAACCGGCUUCAAGUGGGGCGCCGAGUCCGUCGGCAAGGAAGCCAAGCUCGACAACAUCGACUGCUAUGUCACCGGCGACAACAAGGAUGCCGCUAUCCUUAUCAUCACCGAUAUCUUCGGCUGGACUCUUCCCAACAUCCGCAUCCUGGCAGACCACUACGCGAAGGAGGCCAAUGCGACCGUCUACGUUCCCGAUGUUUUCGGCGGCGAAGUCGUAGACCCCGACGCGAUGUCCGACCCAGAGAAGGCAAAGAACUUCGACGUCAUGGCCUUCAUCGGCCGCAACAACAAGGAGAUCCGCUACCCUGAGAUCAAGCAGCACGCCCAGACCCUCAAGUCGCAAUACAAGAAGGUCGCGGCCAUCGGCUUCUGCUACGGCGGAUGGGCCGUCUUCAAGCUCGGCGCGGACCCCUCGCUCGUCGACGCCAUCUCGACCGCCCACCCCUCCAUGCUCGAGAAGUCUGAGAUCGAGAACGUCAAGGUCCCCGUCCAGGUCCUUUCCCCCGAAAACGACCAGAUGUACACUGAGGAGCUGAAGAAGGCUACGUUGGAGACGCUGCCGAAGACGGGUGUCCAGUGGGAGUACAUUUACUUCCCUGGUCUGAACCACGGCUUUGCUGCGCGUGGUAACCCCAACGACCAGAAGCAGAAGGAUGGUCUGGAGAGGGCGAAGAGGAAUGCUGUGAACUUCUUCAAUGAGUUCCUGCACUAG